CCGCUCAAAAUGGUAGGUAGGUCAUGAUCACAAGUUCGUGGUCAGAGAUGAACGAUCUCUUGAGCAAAGAAAUGACGUGCACUUGAAAAAUAAAAAGUAAUUGAAAUUAAAAAUUCAUACAGAUACAAUUUAACAACAGGGAUUUUCUUCAAGAUGUUGCAGAUGCUGCUGUGUCUGGUCCUUCUGAUCUAUUACACGGUUGUUGUGUAAUCGGGAUUUAUUUUUGUAGCUAUUGAUGGUUCAACAAACUCUGCGUGUAACUUGUCAGUGUGGAGGAGAACAAGUCUGCGCGUGAAAGACUAUAACGAUGCUGUAAGUGGAUGUAGACUAUCAUUCUUUCCUGAAAGUGUCGUUGGUCAGAAAUCAGUAAAAUGGAUUCCAAACCUCAACAAGGAAUAACGAAAAGCAGUGAAAAGCACAAGAUGGAUAAUGAUGAUCAUGGGAAUGAAUUAUCAGAAAUGGCUGAUAAAGAUGGGCUGUUUAAGGUAGAUACAGGUCUUAUUCCUCAGGCUUUGUUGGGUGACCAGGCAUCAGAGCUAGUGGGGUUAGGACUGAGUGUCUUUAACCAGGAUGAAUUUGAAGAAGGGGUGAUGAAACAGGUUGACCAGGCUAUGGCAAAAGAGGAGUUGGAACGUUUAAAGAGAAUACUGCAGAAGGAACUGAAAUCCAUUGAAGAAGACAUGAAGUUGGUUGAAAGUGAUCUUGAGCAUAUUAGUAAAGCAGAAAUGACUGUAGAGCAGCAAAAUGCAACAGCAAGGGAAAUUCAUCAUCGUCAGCAAGCUAUAAGGAAACAGAAGGAAACAAGGAGGAGCCAUCUAAAGACACUGCAAGUCAGGCAGAAAAUGGCACUGGCCAAAAUGAAGAAUAUAGAAGAAGCUGAAAGAGGAGAUCCAGAUAUCGAAGAAGAAGAGCAGGGCUCUGCUGAUCACCCUUUUUGUGGUCUAAAUGGGCAACCCCAGAAAGAAUCAGCACGCGAUAGAAUGAUCCGGUUGGGAGAGAUGACACCAUUUGGGACAGUACUCCAUGGAGCUACAGCAAAGGGAGAGAGCUCAGGGUCAAAACUCUCUGCCUUUGAGCAGUUUUUAUUGGACAAACAGAAAAACUUUAGAAUAAAAGACAAGAAACCAUUAAAGAAGAACUCUUUGUCUUCUUCACAACAUAGGCAUCAUUCUAAAAAAUCAUCAGAUAAGGCUUCAUCCUCCAGUUCUUCAACACAGCCUUUCAGCAUAUUCCAUAAAAAAGAUAAAAAAGCCAACAUUGAACAAGUUGAUAAUGUGCAGAAAGUGUUUCAGAGGAAACGUUCCUAUCCAGUAGCUCCUGACUUGAGUGAGGAUGGUGAGAUCAGGGAUGAAAAUUGUGACAAGGACAAACAAAUUCUUGAGAAUAGUGAUUCUGAUUAUGAGCCUGAAUGCACAGAUAAUGAUGACUCUGAAGGUGAAAAAAGACAGAGAAAAGUGAGAGGCAAGCAGCUACUUAAGAAGACAAAUGCAGUUUACAGGCCAAGUGAUGAUGAGGAUGAACCAGUAUCUAAAAGAAAACCUGAUCGAUCUAUUGCUAGGGAAAAGGAUGAUGCUGAUGAAAACUAUUAUCAGAGAAGGCUAAGGAUUCAGCAACAAAGGAAGGAACAAGAUGACAGUGGAGAUGAGGAGUUUGAGGGAGGACUGAUUGUCCCUGGAAAAUUGUGGAAAAAACUUUACAAGUAUCAAAAAACAGGUGUCCGAUGGCUUUGGGAGCUUCACAUGCAGCAGGCAGGGGGCAUCAUUGGAGAUGAAAUGGGCUUAGGAAAGACAAUUCAAAUGAUUGCUUUUCUUGCAGCAAUGAAAGAAAGCCGACUGCACAGCAAGGACUUCCCGUAUGUGGGUCUUGGACCAGUGGUGAUAGUAUGUCCAACAACAGUCAUGCAUCAAUGGGUCAGAGAAUUUCACACAUGGUGGCCAGAUUUCCGUGUUGCAAUUCUCCACUCAUCUGGAUCCUACACUGGCUCUGAGGCACAGCUGGUUCGUAACAUUGUGAAGUCUAAUGGAGUGUUGGUGACAUCUUUCAACACUCUAGUAAUACAACAAGAUAUUUUGCUGCCAUAUAACUGGCAUUACAUCGUGUUGGAUGAAGGCCACAAGAUCCGCAACCCUGAUGCUCAGAUUACUCUGUGCUGUAAACAGUUUCGUACUCCUCAUCGCCUCAUCCUGUCUGGAUCUCCAAUUCAGAACAAUUUGAAGGAGUUGUGGUCUUUAUUUGACUUUGUAUUUCCUGGCAAAUUGGGUACUUUACCUGACUUCAUGGCACACUUUUCCAUUCCUAUUGUCCAGGGAGGGUAUGCCAAUGCUACUCAAGUUCAGGUAGAAACAGCCUAUAAAUGUGCCUGUGUAUUGCGAGACUCAAUAAACCCUUACUUGCUGCGAAGAAUGAAAGCAGAUGUGAAAACUAGCUUGGAUCUGCCUAACAAGAAUGAACAGAUUUUGUUCUGCCGAUUGACUGAUGAACAGCGAGAAGUAUACAAAGAAUAUCUGGAUUCCAGGGAGUGUCAUGCCAUUUUAGCAGGAAAGUUUCAGGUGUUUGCUGGCCUUAUUACCUUGAGAAAAAUCUGCAACCAUCCAGAUUUAUCAACCGGUGGCCCACGGGUACUUGUUGGGCAAGACAUCAGUGGCAGGCCAGAACUUCACUAUGGGUUCUGGCAUCGCUCUGGGAAGAUGGUUGUUAUUGAGGCAUUGCUGAAACUGUGGCACCAGCAGGGACAGAGAGUGCUGCUGUUCUCUCAGAGCAGAGCUAUGCUGGACAUUAUUGAGAGCUUUAUUCAAGAAAGGAACUACACUUACCUGCGUAUGGAUGGUUCUACUUCUAUUUCCUCUCGCCAGCCUCUUGUUCUUCAGUACAACAAGGACCCCUCAAUCUACAUAUUCCUCCUGACCACAAGAGUAGGUGGACUUGGUGUCAAUCUGACAGGAGCCAACCGUGUCAUCAUAUAUGAUCCUGACUGGAACCCCAGCACAGACAUGCAGGCUCGUGAACGAGCUUGGCGUAUUGGGCAGACACGCCAGGUCACAAUUUAUAGGCUGCUUACCUCAGGCACCAUUGAAGAAAAGAUAUAUCAUAGACAAAUCUUUAAACAGUUCCUCACAAAUCGUGUACUGAAGGACCCCAAACAACGUCGUUUUUUCAAGUCAAAUGACAUCUAUGAGCUCUUUACACUUGGUGAAAAAGAUGAGCACAGAACAGAAACUAGCGCCAUUUUUGCUGGAACAGGAUCUGAUGUUAAGAUGCCCAGGCGAUUGGCCGUGCCACCCAUACCUACCCCAAAGUUGCUGAAACCCAAUAGGUUUGAUGAAAUGAAGAAGCAGUCCAAACUUGAAGAUGAUUUUUACACAAGCAGCCUAGAUAACUCUGAGGUUGAAAAGAUGAGGGAGUUAGCUCGCAAACUGAGCCGAAAGAUGGAGGAAGAAAAGUUACAGAAACUUAAGUCCACUGAAAUUGGAACCCAGUCACAUCCUGACAGCAGUGCAACUUCUGAGCAGUUUGUGGGGUCAGCAAGAAAAACAAGAAGGGAAGAGAGCAGCUUAUUGAGCUCCAGGCAUCCAUUUGGGAAAGAUUGCAAGAAAAGAAAAAAAGAUGCCAAAUUUGAAGGUCAGCGCAUCCCACACCUGGUGAAGAGCUGCGAGUACAAAUCUCAGGCUGCCAAUGAGCAGGGACAAGAAGAUGCACUUAGCAAGCAUCAAGAUGACUAUGUAUUGCGCAGACUGUUUAAAAAAACAGGUAUUCAAGCUGUAAUGAAACACGAUAAAAUUGUGGAUUCGAGUCAUGCAGACUAUGCCCUUGUUGAGGCAGAAGCUACCAAAGUAGCUCGAGAGGCUGUGGCUGCCUUGCGCCGAUCUCGGGCCAUGUGCAUGCCCGCUGUCAGUGGUGUUCCAACUUGGACUGGACAGCAUGGGGGUCCAUUGUCCAAACCAAGGUUUGGACAGAAGAAGAAUGGUCAAUUGGUACCUAAAGCAGAAGAAACUACAAAACCUUCAGCUAACCCAACAAAGCCAGCAGGAGAGUUGUCAAGCAAAAAGUCAUUGGAUAAGUCAUCUUUAUUUGAUGGCUCACAAGCUGGUGGCAUUUUGCUUGGUGCUGAGCAGGAAGCAAUGUCAUCUUCUGAACUGUUAACAUGCAUGCACAAGCGCAAGCAAUUUGGGGCACAGCCAGAUGCCAGCAUGGAUAACAUGCCCUCAAGCAGCAUCAGCAGGGAUGAUCAAGAAUUGCUCGAAGAUUUGCGAAAUUUCAUAGCAUUCAUGAGUGACAUCAAUGGGCAGGCUACCACUCAUGAACUCUUGACAAACUUUGGUCCUCGUCUACCACCAUCAGAUUCAGCCAAAUUCAAGGCAAUGCUGGUUCAAAUUUGCAACUUUAACAAGGUUGACGGGUUGGGCAUUUGGAGGCUAAAGCAAGAGUUUCGAUAGCUAGGCUUUAUUAUUAUUAUUACAAAUAAUGAGACCAUUUGGGAAAUUUCACAUAGAACAAUCUUGUCUUACUCUAAAAUUUCUCCAGUUAUACAUAUAGCUGUGUGAAUAUAUCUCUACAGCAGCGGUUCUCAACCUGUGGGCGCGCCCCCCUGGGGGGUCGUGACGUGCCUACAAGGGUGUCGCAAAGGUGGUCCUUUUUUAAAAGUUUCUUAUACCGGUAUUAGUGAAAUUAGCUUAGA